UUGUAAACAAACCACCCUCACACGUUUUAGCACUUACGUUUUUAUUAAUUGGUUGUUGAACUGAAAAUUAAAAGUUUUUGUGAAGGAAGUUAUCUUUCAAAUCUGCAGAAUGUCGAAAGAUUAUAACUCGCGUAAAUUGGAGCGCAAACAGCGCAGGUGUGAGGCAAUAAUACGUGCCGAUUUUGGCAUUGAGAGUAGUGAAUCGCCUACAUGCUUUCUUGCUGUCUUGAAUGCCGGUCUCUCUACAGGUCUCACAGAGGAGGCUGUGUUAUGUGCCGCAGUUCAACACGGUUCCGUCCAGCAGGUAAUAAUGUUGCCAAAUAAAUCUUACUGCUUUCUGGAAUGCAGCAGUGCGAAUGCAGCGGAGCAAAUCUAUAAGAAUAUGCACGGCCAGGCAGGUUUGGAACAACGUGGUGGUGUUGCCUAUUUGUCAUAUUUCAAAUGCUUACCCGCAUGCAGCAAGGAAAAUAUCUGGGAUAAGCCACCACCGGAAGGACUGGUUUUGCUGCAGGAUUUUGUGACAGAUCAUGAGGAAAAAAUAUUGUUGAAAGCUAUUGCAGCCGAAGAAUCCGAACAAAACGACUUAAAACAUCGGCGCGUUAAACACUUUGGGUAUCAGUUCAUAUAUGGCGAAAAUAACGUUGAUAUUUCUAAACCACUGAAUGAGAACAUACCAAAAGCGUGCGAUAUACUCUGGCCACGUUUAAAAUCAGAGAUGGUUAGGCUGGGCCUACCAACAUUGGAGUGGGAGGUGCCUGAUCAAUUGACUGUUAAUAUCUAUGAACCUGGUCAGGGGAUCCCACCGCAUGUGGACACUCAUAGUGCAUUUCUCGAUCCUAUACUCGCGUUGUCGCUUUCAGGUGAAGUGGUUAUGGAUUUUCGGCGUUGCGUUGAACGAAAGUCACUAACAUUGUUACGGCGCUCAAUGCUGAUAAUGUCAGGUGCGUCGCGAUACGAUUGGACGCAUGGCAUUACUCCACGUACGCUAGAUGUCGUGCCUUCAGAGACGGGUUUAACAGUGAAAGCGCGAACACGACGCAUCUCACUCACAUUUCGACGUCUGCGACGCGGACCAUGUGACUGUGCAUUUCCAACGCUAUGUGAUACGCGUUUGAAUGCAAAAAGCAAUACAGAAUCUAUUAUAACUGAUGCGGUAGCUGUGCGCCUGGAGGAGCUGAACGUACACAGUGUUUAUGAGCGCAUCGCACCACACUUUAGUGAAACUCGUCAUACUCCUUGGCCGCGAGUUGCCGAGUUCUUACGCAGCUUUCCAACGGGUUCUGUAUUACUUGAUGUCGGUUGUGGUAAUGGGAAAUAUUUACAAUGCAACGGCGAUGCUUUAAAUAUCGGUUGCGACCGCAGUAAAGGUCUGCUUAGUGCAUGUUUGGUGCGUGCUAAAGCUGCCAACGAAAGCAGCAAUGCGUGUUUGCCAAGUGCGUUUCGAUGCGAUUGCUUGCAGGUACCUGUACGCACACAAUCUGUGGAUGGGUGCAUCAGCAUUGCGGUAAUACAUCAUUUAGCUACUGUCGAACGCCGUUUGGCGGCCGUACAAGAAAUGGCGAGGCUGCUGCGUCCAGGUGGACGCGCACUUAUAUAUGUUUGGGCGAAGGAUCAACGCGCCAAUGACAAGAAAUCAGCCUAUUUACUGCAAAACAAAGCGCUGAACAAAAAUAAAAGUACUGUAGAACAACAACGACAGCGCGCAGCAGUGGAACUGCAGCAGCAGCAGCAACAGCAACAAGAACAGCAGUUGCAGGAAUCGGCGGUGCCUGGCGCAUUCCAACUGCCCGUACACACAAAUCGCACCGAAUUUAUGCAACAGGAUGUGCUCGUGCCAUGGAAGCUAAAAGCUGGCCGAACAACGGGAAAAGAUAACAUUGACGAACAGGGAACUACCGCACUGCCAAGUACAUACUUGCGAUACUAUCAUGUUUUCGAAGCUGGCGAAUUGGAGGCAAUGGUGGCGCUUGUACCAGAGGUAGAACUGCUCCAAACCUAUUAUGAUCAAGGCAAUCAUUGCGCGAUUUUCGUAAGACGAUGACAUGGAAGAAAACGCAAUAAAUCAUAUUUACUUUAUUGUAUUCUAAUUUUAAUUCCCAUUAAUUUUAUUACAAUUCUAAUCUAGUAACCCAAUGACGGGUCACUAAAUAAUAUAUAUUAUAUGUAAGUACAUAUUAAUAUUUCAUAAGCAAAAGUAAUUGUUUUGUAAUAAGUCAAUUAACAUCUAGACAUUGUGAAAUAAUCGUAUUUGCAAUUGACAUUUGAUUAAUUACUUAAAAUCGUGUUUCGCUAGUAAAUAAUUUGUAUAACCGUUACAAUUACAUUUUCUUAGGACCAAUUAUUUUUUCUCAAACUAAUUACUAACUAUAUAUUAGUUUUUAAAACAGUAACUACCGCGUGAAUUCUUAAAUGAUAUUUAACUUUAACUCCUUUUUUCAAAUUCUUGCAAUAAAUUCAAUGUGAAAUACA